GGAUGCUCUUUUACCUUCCUCUGCCGCUCAGCGACAUCCCGUUCCACCCUUUCGUUUGCGUAUAGUUUUGUGGCAAAAUGCUUCCAAUUUUCACUGCGAGGACUGUGUACAAAAAAAGAAGCGCAAGAUGAGCAAAUUUGCUUGCCCUAACAAUCGAAACCGCAAAUUCUGUGCAGGGUGUAACAUUCGCCUUAAACAUCGAACCCGCAUUUCGGUCGCACCCGCGGAGAGGAAGUGUAAGUUCGGAAGCAAAACACUCGAUCAAUCGCGUAAGUGUGACACACGGAGGAAUGUGCUGAAAUCGUUAAACAAAGUAAAAACAAAACCUUUCCCCCUUGGAACCCGAACAUUUCCCGUGGCAGUGGAAAAAGCGUGUAUUUUACUAAGUAAUAAAAACAACAACAUACAACGAGAGCCCCACAGAGUGCUGAUGUAUGUGUGCAUGUGUGUGUGUGUGUUUGUGAUGGUUAAUCAAACAAGUGACAUGUAAAAGCUGUUAACGUCGUGCACCGCGACGCCCGCCCGUGUUUAUCGAAACCACUGGCCGCUGCCCGCAGACCCCAGAAGUCCCAUCCCCGGAUGCGUGAUGUAGCUGCUUCCCCAACGAACCACGCCCUUGGUCACUUUUGGCAGCCGUGCAUCACAGCCGUGGUUCACCUUACUGCGCGUGCAGUCCGGAUAAAUUUCAACCACGAGAACGCUUGGAAGGAGCGUCACAACUAGGGAGGGACAACUGCUCCUACUGACAACUAGCUCCUAGUAGGCGCGCUAGUUGCUAACAAGCGUUUUUGUUUUAUUAGUGAGGUGAAAGUGGUGGUGAUAGUGGUGCUGCUUGGUUGGAGUGGUGUUGAGGGCGCACGGUAAAAUCAAUAACAUAAUCCGCCCUGAGCGGCUUACCCGCUUGAUUGAUCGAUUUGCCGACGAAGCUGGCAAUGAAGCGGUACGGCCGGUCUUAGCCCAGCAAGGGUCGGGCAGAAAGAUGCAGCCAGCAGUGAUGCCGGGGUCGGGGUGAUAAAAACAAUACGUAGAAUCAACAGGAAAUCACUUCCAACCCGGGCCCCCCCUGGGGCUCUUGUUUGCAUACAACUGUGUGUGAAAGUGUGAGUGUGAGUGUUCGUGUGUGUGUUGUUUAAUACACUAGCAUCCCCUUCUUUCCCUGACUUCCUUCCAAAACCGUCCUCGUCGCCAUCGUUCCCUUUCCCCAUCAGUAGAGUACGCUUCCCCGGAUUGCUGGUCACGCCCGUCCACAGCGGUUGUGCUCUGCGCUAUGCUAAAGGUGCUGAAAAAUUGGCCCCAAACAACGCACACCAACACGUCACGACGCCUGAAUUGCUUCAUUACUUGCCUACCCUGAUCUGUGCUGUGCCGGUGCUGUGUUCGCAAACUCAUAGUGGAGUAGCUUCACACACACACGCAAAUGUGCUGAGCUGGCUUGAGCAGGAAGCAGCAGCAACCAGCCAGCCAGCCAGCCGCUUUUAACAAUGUUACGUCAGUGCCAGUUCGUGCUCGUGGCGCUGGCGUGCUUCGCGGCUAAUUGCUCCGGCACCAGCUCGGAGUACUUAAUCAUUCGGCAUGGCCGGUCGCGGGUCCGCCACUCGAGCGAGAAGGACCACAUCCGGUGGGGCCUGCAAGUGUUCGACAACUUUACGCUGCUCGACUACGAUGCGGGCGGCUCGGGCAGCGGGUCCGGCAGCGAGGAAACCCUUCCCGCCAGAGAGUCACAGCAAGGGUCGAAUGGUGGUGGUGGUGGUUCGCGCGGAAACACGCUCACGAUUCGGUUUGACGAGUCCGAAGAGCUGGAGCGCAUGAUUGAGCUAAGCGAUUUCGAUAACCUGCGCUUCGGCGGUAGCGCGACGCCGGAACCGACGGCACGGCCGGGCACGGCACCGAAGCGGAAGCUUAUCAAGAAGGAGAUAAUGGAAAACAUUCGCCGCACGGUCGACAAGGGUCUCGAGUACCUGAAGUCGCACCACAACCUCGACGAGGUGAAAAUCGAACUCGUCCCAUCGUUCCGGGACUCGCAGGCGGUGCGCAGGCACGCCGGCAAACGCAUCCCGUCCGACACAGCAACGAUUGACAGCAGCAAUCGUGCGGAAGAGCAAUCGAGCAGCAGUAGCAGUGCGAUAACCGUUCCGACGAGUUCGGGUGCUGCAGCUGGUCGGAAACCGGCGUUGCCAUGGGCGGUGGAGGACGAUGGUCCGGUCGCUAAAAGCGUCCAGCGCUCACCGAGCGCUCAAGUGUCCGCAUCCAAUCAACGACUAAUCACGUUAGACGCGAUGCCCCGCAACCCGCUGCUGCUGCUCAGCCCGGGCUCAACUCAACCGCCCGGUGUGAUGGAUGCGAACCACCGCUCACCGUACGAGUGGCACCGAGGGUCAAGAGUUGUAUCGGAUGGGGUGGAUUAUCCUAAUGACAUGCCGGUGGCGGACGCGGCAGCGGCGACGGCCGUUGACACCGGUAACGCGGCGGACGAUGAGCCCGAGCAGGAAGCGGAAGGCGACGUGGACGACAGCGACGGGCUGCUGCAGGACGAUGAUCCGCUGCUGCAGGAGCCCGCGCUGGAGCAGGAGCAGGAGGAAACUCCGGCCGAGGCGCCGGACGCGGCCGACAUUAACAACGUUUUCCACAUGGAGGAGGCCGACCUGAGCGAGCUGGACGAGACGAGCCGCAACAACCGGCGCAACCUGAUGAAGGGCCGGGACGUGGUCACGCAGUUCCUGCAGAUCGUCGAGAGCCAGCACCUGCUCGGGGCGAACUGUACCGCCGGCACCGCGCUCAACCUCGGCGAGGGUGUCGUCGACCGGUACGCGCAGGAUCGGUUUCGCGUCGAGGCGGAAAUUGCCGUCAACCGGGCGAACAUGCUGACCAGAAUCUUCAAGUUCUCGUCCGCGGACGUCCAGGCGUCCGAGCACCUGUUGCACGCGUCCGUCCUGUCGAUGGUGGAGUUCGACGAUGACAUCUUUGCCGGCGGAAACUGCUUCGACUGGAACCAGCAUCCGGCCAAGCGGGGCCUGUUCUGCCCGUUCGCCUACCGGCUGCCGCCCCCGGACCAGGGCGCCUCGCUCGUGAAGGAUCUGGCGCUCGAGUACCACUACUUGGGCAACACCUCGGAAUGGUUCUUUCUGGCGCGGAAAAACGCCGAGAAGGUCAUCGCGCGCAACGAGCAGUACAUUAAAUCUUUUCACGUGUACACCAACAACACCGAACGGCAGGCGGACGAAAUCCUAUCGGUCAAGUACGAGGACGGACGGUGGUCAAAGCCGUACUACGACUGUGGCGGUGGCAAUAUCUGGAUGCUGACGUACACGGUACCCUUCUUCGGCUACGAGAAUGGGACGUACUUUUUCAAGGGCACUUCUGGCAUCGAUAUCGAUUUAAGGCGCGUCGACAUUGAUCAGUGUCCGCAGAAGAACUCCCCAUCGGGGGCACCGCAGCCGCUCAACAUAUUCGCCGGCACGGACAAAUGCAAGCAGCGCACGACCGAGUGUACACCCAUCCCGGGGCUUGGCUUUCGGCGUGGCUCGUACCGGUGCAUCUGCCGCAAGGGCUACUACUUUCCCGACACGACGAUCGAGCAGAAGUACUUCAACGGCAGCACGCUGGAGGAAGAGUACGAGAAGCUUAUGCUGAACGAGUACAGCACGUACAGCAUCCCGAACUCGUACGAAUGUCUGCCGUGUGCGGAGGGCUGCGACUACUGCGAGGAUGCAUCGCCGUGCGUGGCCGCCCUGAACUGGCCGAUGCGUACGUCCAUUCUCGUGCUGGCCUGUGCCGUGAUCGGGCUGCUCCCACCAGCGGCCGUGUUUACCUUCAAGUACCAGCAAGUGAAGGUUGUAAGGGCGGCCAGUCCGGCGCUGCUGCGUGUAAUUGCAUUGGGCGCAUUUUGCAUUUAUUGCACGUCGGUGGUGAUGUAUCCGCCCCCGUCGCUCUACUCCUGCACCGCCCGCAUCUGGUUGCGGGAAAUUGGCUUUUCCCUGACGUACGGAGCGCUGAUGCUGAAAACAUGGCGGAUAUCGGUUAUUUUUCGUGUUCGGUCAGCGAAAGCGGUCAAAAUUACCGACGCCUACCUGCUGAAGCGGAUCGGUGUGCUGUGCGGUUUCGUCGGGAUAGCGCUGCUCGUCCGAACGCUGGUCGCACCGCCGGUAGUGAUCGUCGGCCGCACCGCCGACAAUCUGAAGGCGUUCCUGUGCAAAACGGAUUGGUGGGAUCAUACCUUCACCUCACUGGAGGUCCUGUUUCUGGCCUGGGGCGUCCGGCUCUGCAUCAUGGUCCGGAAGGCCCCGUCCGAGUUCAACGAAAGCCGCUUUAUAUCGAUGGCGAUCUACAACGAAUUUCUACUGACCUGCUUCCUGAAUGUGUCAAUGUUGUUCCUGCAGUCGCCGGCUAAUCCCGAUUUAUUGUACAUCAUAUUUUUCUGUCACACGCAGCUAACGGUCACGCUACUGUUGGCUUUGAUUUUUGGCAGCAAGGUGUACCUGGUGUUCCGGGGCGGUGGCAAGCAUCAGGACGACCCAACCGGGCUCGGCAUCAAACCAUCCGGUGCCAAAUUUAUUAGCCGCUCGCACGGACGUACCUUUGCGAACGCUAGCAGCGUCACGACGUCGACCGCCCAGCUCGGGGCCAACAUGGCGAACGAAGGGCGCCUCACGGAAACGGAAGCGCUGGAAGAGCUGAAGCUCCUCUACACCCAGCUCCAGCGGCUGUACGAGCGCAUCCCGCAGCGUGGCGCCGCCAUCCUGACCGUCGCCAGCCUGAUGGAGGCGUGCCGGACCACCUCGCUGCGCCCACCGCCCGCCCUCGGUGCGCCCAGCCCGCUGAAAGCGAUCCAGGCCGCCGGUCCACCGGACGGCCUGUCGGUGGCAUCGGGCGCGACGGGCAUCCCGUCCCCGGCGCCCACCCCAACCACCAUCCUGCGGCUGGACAAGAGCACCAACACGAACACGACCGCAACGAUCCCGAACGGGUCGGUCACGGCCGCACCGCCCGGAAAUGGGUCGAUCGUUCCGCUGCCCGCCCAAACGCACAUCACCAUCACGGACGAGCUGGACGGGCCGGAGGAGGCGGCGCCCGACCCCGCCCGGCCGGACUGUCUCCGUUCGAUCGAUGGCAGCGACUUCCGGCUCGACCACCAGCAGCUGCAGUGCAUGUGCAGCGGCGACGAGGAGCCGGCCCUGUCCCGGUCGAUGGAGCUGACCGGCCGGCGCAACAACAGCAACGGUUGCUGCUGCAGCUGCGCCUGCUGCGCCUCGACCCGCACCGCACAGCCCCAGCAGCAGCAGCAGCAGCACGGCUGGCGCAACGACAGUGUGAUAAACAAUUCCACCAGCGCCGGGGUGCUCACCGGUGCGGGCAGUGCGGUUAAUUGUAAUUGUAAGAUAAGUGGAGUGCACGUCAAAUCCGGUUCCGCUUCCGGGUGUACCGCCUGCAGUGCGGGCGGGCGGCGGCAGGACGCAACGGUCGGGUGUGCCGGGCCGUUGCACAAAGCCAAACAGCACAGCUCGGAGCUGGUGCUCAACUGUCAGUUUGUCGAUAGGAGCAGCGGCGAGCACCGGAAGCAGCAGCAGCAACCGAACUCAACACAGCAGCAAAUGCACCCUUCCCCGCAUCACCAUCAGCGUGCCUCCAGCACCAGCGAGUGUGGUGAGUUCAGUACAAAAGCUUUCGAAUCUUGUGAUAAUCUGCUACAUCAGCAGCAGCAGCAGCCAGUCCGCCAGCACCAGCGGCACAACCACCCAUCGGGCACCGGCCCCCAUACCCUUGUAGAUAGCCAGGCGACGCAGACACAGGCGGGGGUGGCCGGGACGCUUGCCCAGCUGGCGCCCGCCACCGACGAGGCCACGAUCCGGUCGGUGAAUCUAGAAAAGUUUAACAAAUUGUACGCCAACAACAGCAGUAGGAUAGAUAGCUUGAAGGAGCACUUUCUGAUGCGGAACGCGCUCACGACCGCGCUGCAGCAUCUGGAGAUUGAAAACCGGUCCAGGGGCCAGGGGGGAAGAGUGAGAGGAAGGGAGUCGGUGGAGCAGGGUGGUGGUGGUGGCGUGACGGAACCACCGGCAAGGGACACAGCAGUACGAACGCAGCACGAAUCACAGCAACAAUCAAGCACGGUGGCCCCCGGUAACCCGGUCGGCCGGGAUGAAGCAAUCAAUAGUAAAUGCAAUAGCAGUAGUGAUAGCAGUAGCUGUAGUAAUAGCAGUAGCAGCAGUGCCGGUGGUAGUAGUAGCACCAAGCGAAACAACCACGCCAGUCGAAGGGGCGAAAGCAGCAGCGGCACCGGCAACAGUGCCGCCUCGCCGGAAACAUCGACCGCCGGUGGGGACGGUGCGGGUGGCGGGGAGGGCGGCAGUGAGGGUGGGGCGAGUGGCGAGGUGGGCAGCACCAGCACGAGCGGGACGAAGAAGAAAAAGUCGCCCGACAAGCGGCUCGUUAUCGAUCUGAACGAUCGCUCCAAGUACACCGAGGAGGUGUCGGUGUGAGGUACUGCCGUGAGGAGUUGAGGUGGUUAGGACAGACACAUGCAAAAUUUUACGACACAAUCGUGUCGGUGUGUGUCUGUGUCUGUGUUAGUGGAAAAAAAGCUUCCAAUGAGUGGAUAAAAUGAAGCACGAAACGAGCGAAACAAUCAAAGUCCGGCCGUCUGCCCGUACAUCGAUACACGAGUAGCGUUCGCGAUAGUAGACAGCGAACCUGUGGUUAUGUUUCUCUUUCGCCGGCUCCACCGGACAAAACUCGAUUAUUGAGUGGUUUUUUUAGUCCCUCCUACUCCAUCCGUUCUAAUCGCAUUUUCGCUUCGGUCGGGUUGAUUUGGUGUUGCGAUCGGUUACGAUUAAAGCCGAAGCUGUCGAGCGAGCUGUCAGCAUGUUCCGUUUGUGUGUGUGUAUGUGUGUAUAAGUGUGUGUGUGUAUUUCUUUCUCUCUUUUAUAUCCUUGCUUAACAUCUCUCUUUUCGAGGCUUAUAUCGUUUAUAAUGUCCGAUAGCCAUGCCAUUGUGUUUGAUAUCAAUAUUGGCGAACGUUUCGUAUGGUUUCAUCACACGCUAGACGAAGAAAGACGUGAUCAAAAUCAUCCCAAUGUUUGUUCGUAUUCCUGCUUCUGUUUUCUACCAGUCAAACCUUGCUUGUAUGCUUUAUUUGCACAGCAACAGCAUUUCAACCAAAUCAUUGCUCUUUCUUUGGUUCAUUCCGAUCCGUUUCGUCUUGAAUUAAAGGCUCCUGCCAUUGCUGUGGAUAAGCGCACAUUAAACAUUCAUUUCACCCAUCAGCGACUGUAACCAUCAUACGGUGCUCAUAAUUUGCCCUUACCUCUGCUGGGACCACUCCCGGCCUGCGCCCCAUGUGCAUAAUUAAAACAAACAGUGCACUGUUGUGUCAUAUUUUCACUCUCCUGGAGGGAGGGGUGGCGAACUUCUGCGUUGCGUUUGUUGCUUCCAUCGGGCAACGCACGCUUAUCAGCAGGCACUGAUCAUUCGGCCCGCUCCCGGUCGUAAAAUCAAUUUAUGAACUGGUACCAGCAGCGCAACACGUACAGCACAGCGCCUGCACAAGAGAUACUUUUUCGCUCGAUUUUAUCGCACACCCGUUUGCACAUGAUUCACAUUGAAACCGCUGGUGGAGUGGGUGGUGCGCCAGUGCGGUGAAAGGUGGAGAUGACAGAAAAAAGGCCCCGGCAUCCGGUAUUGGCUUACAAUUGUUUCGACAUUUGUUUUCACCCCAGCGUUUUCCCCGCCCCAGCACACUGUGUAUUACAUUAUUUCCAAUUUCAUUUACGUGCGCUCCGUGCGCAGCCGUGCCCGCCGCACGGAACGUGACCACGGGAAGCGCAACGAAGGGACGGCUGAGAUACGACGCCCCUGUUGUCAGUUUUCUUAUAAAUUCCCCAAGGCAGCAUGAGGCCUGGGAUCGGAACGUAACAGUGAGCAUGACUUGGCUCAUUAUUUGGAAUAUUUAUGAAAUCAAACAAUCUUCGCAUCGCGCGCAGAAAAUCGCUUCUUAAUGUGUGCGUUUUCGAGUGCGGGCUGUAAUAAAAGCAAUGUAUUUAUUUUAUUUUUUUCUGCCCAUUCAGAUUCUUCGUCCCCGCACGACUGUGGAGUAAUAAAAUCGACACUAUUCAUUCGUUCGUGGAUUUGUCUUACGCCCAGCACUGCGAUGGAAUCACGGGUGGAAUAUCGUAAAAUGUGUCGCAAGCUUUCUUUUUUAUUCUCUUUUCUUACUUAAGAAAAGAUGAAAACAGAUACGAGUGGCAACCUACCGCACAAGACACGGUGGCUUCAUGUUGUAUUAAAAAGCUUUAAUGCUUCUACAAAAGCAUUGUAGCAUAGUCUACUCGCACGAAAGUCAAGCUGUACAAAAUAACACACAUUUCCUUUUUAUUAAUCAACGUUUUGCGAUACUCUGUGCCAUGCCAGCGUUCCGUGGGGGGAAGCUCUUGUGCUCUCCCCCCCCAGGCACUAGACUGUCAGAACAUUCCGGGCCUGGGUAAGCGAAAAUGCUCACACGCUCAACCCCUUGCACUGCUCUGCUUCACCUUCGCAAGGCAUGUGCAAGAAUGUGUUUGAUCUUUGUUUGCCUCUGGUACGGACCAUUUGCUUGCGACGAUACAAACAGCGAUGCUGCUGAAGGUUUACAUGAUGGGUGAAAGGCAAAAAGUGGUACACAUAUGCAAUAAACAGAUCAUUGGCGUUUACUCCCACCCAACCGACCGAGCGAGCGAGCGAUAAGCAUCUCGGAGCGAUGAAAUUGUGAAACACUUGCUUUUCACCGUAUGCUUUUUUUUCCUUUCCCUUACGGUAGCUACUAUCGUAUUGCAGAGCGAUGGUGGCCCCAAAUUGCGGUUGGUGAAAUUGUAUCGAUAAGCGCGUUGGAAUAUGCUGACAAAAUUCCUGCAAAAAAUAACUUUCAUCUUAUUUUAAAAAUAUUCACAAUUCAAUUGGUGCGUGUUUUGGCCUAAGAAGCCAUGAACUUGCAAUAUAAUUUUUGUGAAAUACUAGGCGCCUCCAUUAUAUUUAAACUAUUUCCUUUACAAAAUUUUAGUUAAGUGUAGCAUUAAUUAUUCAAAAACAUUACUUUAUAAAGUUUAUAUUUUCAUAUUUUGAAAAAAAUCACAACUUAGUUGGGGCGUUUUUGGCCUAAGAAUUCAUGCUAUUUCUAUGUAUAUUUUAUAAAAUACUAGGCGCCUCCAUGUUAUUCAAACAAUUUCCUUUUAGUAAAUUAAGUGGUAGCUAUCUCAGUAAAUUAAUCUUACCAUAUCAUCAAAGUAUGCCUACCAAUGUAUGGUUUCGUGUUUAAGCUUCACCAUUUAAUUUCAAUGAUGCUCCUUCGAAGCCUCGGUUACCUAGUAGGCUGUGAUAGAUAGCUUUCACGUGUGGUAGUUGUGUUAUGUCAAGGAGACGCCCAGUACUUUACUUAUGGUGGUGGAGACGCCUGGUUCCUCUUACUAAAAAGCGUUUGAACGGUUUGAAACACGACCAACUACGGCGAUCUCCGCCCCUAUAGCCGUUACCCUUAGUAAUAUGUUAAUGUACAAAAAACCCAACCAAAAUUCUACAUACGUUUUUUACCGCAAAAAUCCCAAAAAUGACUGAAGGACUUUUUCGAAAGAUUAAAACCCCUUGCACAACAUUACACAAACCACACACAUAAACGACCUGAUUCGAUCGACCGUUCCGGGGUACGUUAUCGUACCAUCGUAAGCGCUUCAUCCAUCAAUAUUUUCACCGCUUUCGGCAAUCACGCCGGUACAAUCACGAACCAAUGGGAGUCAUGCACGGAACAUCGUCAUGCAACCUAGGGGCAAUAUUUAUUUUCGAUACAUUUUGACUACCGCCUCACUGCGUUGCUUUCGUUUCUUCCUUUCCGGGAAAAAAUACACACAAACACACACACGCACACACAUCUUUCCAAACCUGCUGCAUGCGAAUGGAUCAUUUGCAUAGCGUACGAAUUAUUGCCUGAUGAUUUGUCAAUAUGCGUUUCGUUACGAUUUAACAUCACCAUGCGUGUAGCACAUAUUUAUUUUACUACAUUCCACGGACAGCAGCGAAUAAAGGAAUCGUUAGCUGUCACGAUACGGUACGAUUGAUUGUCAUACCGUUUGACUUGCCGAAAGGCGAUGAGUCCUAGUGCUCGGAUACUAUCGGAAUGCUCCCCUGUAAAAGCAAUGAUUUAAGAUUUACUGAUAAUCCGAUUGCACGCGUUAUGUUUAUUCCCUUAUCCCAGUAGCUGUACAUUUAAGAUCCAAUAUCAUCGAGAAAAUCGAAAUCUGAACGCUAGCUAACAAUAACGCUUUAAAGAUAGAACAUAUUCUGCUCAGUUGCAACACAAAGACUGUACACCUUGCGUUAUCUUGUUUGCCAAAGCGAAUGCUCCGUCGGAUUUUGCAACUCAACCGCUAUCCAAAACACACUGCUGUCACCAUCUCGCAUUCUAUUGCAUUGCUGCAACGUAACGUUUGAAACCCAUUACGCAUAAACCAAAAUCACCACGUUGUCUAAGUGAGCCCCUUAGAAAACGUUUGCAUUUCGUGGCUUAUUGCGGGAUGAUGCACGAUGCGAGAUGGGUACACUUCGUUUUGCCCAGCGAUUGAGUAAGAUCUUGUGAGGGACCAUUAGCAAUGCACUCCUAAGGAGUGUUUUUACUUUAUCGCACAUUCGUGCAUUCGUCGUCGAGCGUUAGUUAGCAUUCAAUUGCCAUUUGCUAUGUUUGAUAAAACAUAUCUCCAAACUUUACUAGCGUGUAGGUUAGAUACUUUGAGCGCUGUAAAUAAAAAGCAAAGCAACAUAAGUAGUAGUGACGCUUCUUGUUCGUAGCACAUAAAGUCAACAAUCGAAAAGCGAUUAGUAAGGAAAAUUUCACAGCAGUCCAAUCUGUUGCUAUAUUUGUAAGCUACACUCAAGAUUGCUGCACCCCUCAGCCGGGUGGGAUAGUGUUACUGUGUGUAAUGUAAAUAUAUGCGAACGAUGGGGAGAUGUGGCAUCUAGACACACGAGCCAAAACGUGUACAAAGCAAGUAUUGUAGGUAACGAGGAUUCGAGUUGUUACAUUUUUGCUCCGUUUUCACCUCCACCACCGGGUACCGAUCCACCAAAACACUUAGAUUCGAGCACUAUUUUUAAACAACACAUUGUUCAGAUUCACUAGAGAUUUACCGAAGCGUAGCAGUCAGACAGAGAGAGAGAGAGAUAUUUAUACUUGUAGGGAAAAACCAUCUAAUCCAAAAGCAAACAUCGGUUGUGGUACUGUAGAAUGGAAUUGUUUCGUUAUUACAACGCGUCCAGCGAGACGUUAGUAGAUUUACAGAUGCGUUUGUUACAUUAAAACCGAUUUAUUGUUGCGUUUUGCUUAGAAUUUAACGAAAGUAUCAUUGAUUUUGUAAAGUUUGCGAGUUUUAGAAGUAACUAGCAGGGCCCUACAGCCAGGGUUACGACCCUACAUGCCAAUCGAAACUUUGCAACGCACAGAAACUAGGCGUUCCAUGGUGCAAUGGGCGGCAAUCGGAAACAAUCGUUCAAGUUGACAAGUAAACGAAGCACUCCAUUGGAUGAUUAGUAUCACACAUUGACGGCGCCACAACCACAUACAUACAUACAUACAAGUCGUAUCGCAGCGCAGCGCCACAACAUGAAGAUUUUAAAGUGAGAUAGUGAGCUAAGACAUAAUUUAUACGUAAGCAUACUACUUUCCACCAUACCAACGCAUUAGCAAACAUCUAAGCUCGUAAGAGGUAUGAAAGCUGUACAGUACAGUGGACUCUGCUCGUGAGUGAAGUGAGUCAUAAUGAAACAAAAGUACACAAGAGUUGUUCAUGUUUUGUACAAACUAUAAAAGAUGAUUUAAAAAAAACAAACAAACAGACAGAUGAUAAAGCCUGUACGAUGUAUAUUAUAUCAAAAAACGAUGUGUAAGCGAGGGAGGAUAUAUUGUCGAAUAUGUCAUAGUGUUUUUUUUGUUUGCGUGGAAAGCAUUGGAACACGACGUUUAGAGUGUAAAGAGCAUAUAAACUACUAAUGUGUAAGAUGUAAUAGGAUAGUAAGUCCGGAAUUGGGAUUAUGCUCCGUUUCACUAACCAUGUGAAACAGAAACAUUCAAUAAAAAUCAAAUUUUAUCAUUCUAAAAAUAAA